CAUCUAAAACACCUUCGUUGUAAAGUCCGAAGUCGAAGGUGCAUAGCUCGUCUCCCCGCUCAUUUUGAGGCAAUUGCUUUACAGUUCAAGCCAAACGUACAAAUUGCAUUAGAAUAGUGUAAGUUCUUGCGGCCAGAGGCCGCGCGCGGCCAAGAUGGCUCCCAAAGACGCUGCAAAGGGCAAAAAGAAGAAGAAGACGAAGGAGGAACUUGAAGAGGAGCGACGACAAGCAGAGGAGGCAGCUCGGCUUGCCGAAGAAGAGCGGCUGCGCGCCGAGGAAGCUGAGCGGCAGCGGCUAGCGGAGCUAGAGCGGCAGCGGCUGGAGCUGCUAGGACAGUUUCUGGAUGCGGAGAAAGCGCGGCUGGAUGCGCAGCUCUCCGAACUGGACCCGCUGCUUCGCCAGUUUGAGCACGAGCGCUCGCGGUCGCGGGCGGCUGCGCGCGAGGCGGCCGAGUGGGAGCGCUUCCUGCGCUGCGUGGACGUGCCGCACCCACGACAGCGCGUGCCGCUGGCCGAGUUCUUGAGGCGCAUGCACGAGGCGGCCACCAAGGACGUGACGGGCAGCCCGGACGGCCGCGACCUGCGGGCAGCCUUCCUGGCAGUGGAGGCCUGCCGUACCGUCAUCCUGGAGGCGCGCCAGGAGCUGCUGGCGGCGCGACACAGCUCAGAGCUUGCGGCGCCGCCGGCGGCGGCGGCGGCGGCGGCGGGUGGCGGCGGCGGCGCCAGUGCGGAGGAGGCGCAGGCGGCGGCGGGCAGCGCGGCGCGCGGCGCGGCCGGCGGCGCGGCGGUGGCGGAGUGGGCCGAGGCUCUGGAGUCUGACCUGCGCACCCUGUACGGCAUUGUGAACGCUCGCAUUGACCGCCUCACCGCUGCCGUGCUGCAUCACUGUGACGAGUACGCGAACGACAAGAACGAGAUCCAGCUGGGCCACGUGGCGCCCAUGCCGGCCUGGUGGCCUACGGCCCCUGGAUCCGGAUCCGGAUCUGCGGGAAGCCAGCAGCAGCAGCAACAGGGCGGAGGAGGCGAGCAGCAGCAGCUGGCGGAGGGGGCCGGCGAGGGCCCCGGCGGGGCGUUCAAGUGGGGCGUGUGGGUCAACACAGCCAAGAACCCGCGUCUCAAGGCCGUGGAGAUGCCUCAGCUGGGAGUGACGCUGGAGAUCCCCAAGCAGAUCGCGCUGGCCAACAUCGCCCUGCGGGUGCAGCAGCGCUCCGGCCCGGGCGUGGACGAGUACUUCAGCCGCUGCGCCAACGCCUGGAUGGCCGUGGGCGGGCUGCUGGCGGUGGACCUGCUGGCCAUGCCGCCCGGGGCCAAGAAGGUCCGCGGCUGGACGCUGCGUCAGGUGACGCCCCUGGCGCUCAACGUGCAGCGCGUGCCCUACCCCAUCCCGCCCGCCGGCGCCGACCCCGCCACCUGGGCCUCGGAGGAGGAGCCGCCGCCGCUGGGCGUCACCGCGCCGCUGCCGCCCGACGUGGUGCUGCUGGAGGAUCCGCUGCAGGUGGCCUGGUGGGACGAGGCGCACUCCAUCUGGAACACGGACGGAAUCAGUGACGUGGCGUUCGACGGCGCCUCCAAGACCUUCUCCUUCCACACCACCCACCUGGCCCCGCUGGCGCUGGUCAUGCGCCGCACGCGCCUGCUGCCGUACGCCGGCUGGGCGGUGCGCCCCACCGGCGGCCGCAACGGCAACGGCGCCGCCAUCAGCCUGGACGUGGGGCUGGACGCACCCGUGGUCAUCGAGGUGUCCAAGGGCGCCGCCUGGCUGAGCUCGCCCGCCUGGCCGCAGCUGGCCUCGCUCAUCGGACAGCCCAUGCCGCCCCUGGACCUGCUGCAGGCUCUGUCGGACCGCGGGCUGCACCUGCUGCCUGAGGACCGGGACGCGGAGGCGGCGGGCGUCACCGCCAAGGCGCGGGACACGGAGGAGGCCAUGUGCCGAGACCUGGCGCUGCUGGGCGGCGUGUUCCUGAUGGCCUCCAGCCGUUGGAACCAGACCGCGGGACCGGAGGAGGCGCUGGCACGACUGUCAGAGGUGACGGACUGGGAGGAGGGCGGCCGCACGGCGCCGCACCAUCUGGCGCGCAUCUUUGACAAGGAGAAGGAGGACGGCGAGCGCCGAGUGCUGGUGGUCAUGCGGAGGGGCGCCAAGGGUGUGGCCUUUAGCGACGCGCUGAACCGGCGGCCCGAGUACCCCGCGCUGCCGGGGGUGGGCAGCGUGGAGGCGGUCAAGGAGUGCGAGCUGAGCAUCUGGGGAGAGGUGCACGCCAGCGUGUUGACGCUGCUGCGCGGGCAGUUCUCCGCGCCCGGCGCCGCCGACAGCCCGCUGGCCCUGCGGCUGGCUGCGGCGCCCGAGAGCCUGGAGCUGUGCCGGACCACAAGCCCGCUGUUCACCGCGACGCUGGCAGACACCAUGCUGGCGCUGCGGCUCUUCAGCUUCAGCUAGAGUGGUUGAGGGAGGCCCUUGGGCGGCCAGCGGUUGGAAGGUGGCGGGGGUGGCCCUUGGGCUGCGGCUGGGAGCGGUUGGGCAGGAGGUGGAAGGCUGUCAGGAGUGGUGGUGCCGCUAAAAAAGCCCCACUGGCGUUGCAUGCUGUGACUCAUAAGCUCCACAGAUUUUGCUCGUGCCCUUCCUUGCGGCCCGCGUGCUGUCAGCAGGCGUUAACGAUCCAGCCAAGCGGUUGGCUUUCGGUCGGCAGCCUCUCAGCCGGUAGUUAGCCUGGGUGUCGCUGUGGUGCUGUGUGACGGUGCCGCAGCUUUGGCAGCGAGCACUGCGCCCCCCCCCCCCCCCCCCCGUGAGAGCGUGAGCGCGCAGAACAAAGGGCGGCAAUAAGGCAGAGAGCAAGAUGGCAGGGUGGGUUAGGAGGCAUGGGUGUACCUAAAACUAAGAAGCACCGUGCGCAGCUAAGGGCUACACCGUUUGCUCUUGGAAGCUGCUGGUGGAUGGGGAGGUGCAUGCAUGGGGAGGUGCCGAGCCGCUGAUUGCGUGGACGACUGGCUGGUAGGUGCCGCGGCGCACGGCCUAAACAGCGCUCGUAUCUUCCUUCGUUCGGAACGAAAUUUGCCAAAAAAAAGGCCUCUGGCGGACGAAAUGUUUUGAUAUUGACUAGGAAUUUCGGCCAAAACGCACGGGAUCUUGGGGUUUCUUUCAGCAAACAGACGAAGACAUUUUUGGGAUUUCGGCCACUUUUGGCCAAGGACAGGGGGUUCCAGCGGCUACUCCACGGCCGAAACCUGCGUGGCAUAUGGUAAGAAGGCUCAAAGGGCUGUAUCUAUGGGUGUUGACGGCGGGAGACAGGGGUUCCCCUGGCGGGAGAGUGAGGUUGGGUCGGCGGCAAGCAGGGGAGGAGUGGGCGUGUCGUGUCGGUGUCGACAUCGUGCGGGUCAGGGGCGGAGCCCCCGGAAAAAUUUUGGGGGUGAACGAAGUGGCGCAGGGCACAGGGGGGGGUAGGAACGAACUUUUUUGA